AUGGUUCUUUUUAACAUUGUUAUUUAUGAUGAUAGUAGAGAAUAAUUUUAUGUCAUUUAUUAUUUCUUUGAAAUCGCUCCUAGUUAUGAAAUUGUUCAGUAAUUGCACAUCUAGAGUUUUAGAAUCUUGAAACCAGAAGAAUCUGCUAGUUUCUGGCUUACUGAAUAUAUUAUGUUAGCUAUAUCAGGAAUAUUAAAUUCUAUUAUGAUAUUUGUUGCUGUCAAAGAGGCUUUAAAUCAGAUUUAAAAAAAAUAUUAGAACUUUUAACUUAGAAGAGAUUUUACUGCCUUUAUACAAGUCGGUAUUAUGUAUUAAUUAACAAUCUUUAUUUUAUAAUUGAUAAGUUUCAUGAUGUUUUCAUCAAUUCCUUCUGAUUCAUUGCAAGUUCUACAACAUUCUUCUGAAUCUUCCAUUAUGUAUUACGCAAAUCAAUUCAAUAGAGGAUUAAUUAUUAGAGGAAUUCUAAUUAUUUUGGUUGGAUUCAACACUCUUAAAUUAUUUUAAAUAUCAGAAUCAGUUGCAUUUGUUUAAGCUAUGGCUGCUAAAGGAGCUGAAAAUAUUAUUAUGAUUAGUAAAUUAAUCUUAUAAAAUAGUCAUAUUUGCUAUAACGAUCUUAGCUUCUUAUGCUUUCAUAUUCUAUCAGCUAUUUUCACAACGAUUUGAUGAAUUUACAACUUAUUAUAGAUCUUUUAUAUCUACUUGCGGAAUGUUCUUCCUUGGAAAUUUCAAAAUUUGGUUUAAAAUAGUAGAUUAUGAAGUUUAAACAAUGAUAAUAAUAACAUCUUUAGUAUUUGUUACUUAUACUUAUGGUGCGACUGUUUUAGUAAAUGCUGUCUUAUAAGAAGUCUAUCGAACAAUCAGGUAAUUUGAUAAUAAAAUAUUUUUAGUUAUCGUACUGAUCAUUUGUAAACAAUAAAAGAAUUUUAUGCUAAGAUUGAUGAAAUUAAGUUAAAGAUUCAACAGGCCAUUUCAUAAUUAAUUGAAAAACUUAGAAGGAAAAAUUAAUGA